AUAGUAGACUAUAUAUCAAUUAUCAUGAAAGCAUCAAAGUACAUGUUAUGGCUUUCAAAUAAUUUAAAAUAAAGACUAAACUAAUAGUAAUGCACUAUUAUUGGAUUUGUUGCAUACAACUAUAUUAUAUUUCUUCAACCAACCUUGAUAGAGAAAAAAUAGACAUGUACAUCGUGACAACCACUUCUAGGAUUUGUUUCAUUUUCAAAUUCAUUCUUGAUGAACCUAUAUAGUUCUUAUCCUCAUCUUUUCAUGUGCAACAAGAAUUCAUUCAAAUUCAUUAAUGGAUUCAAACAAGAAAUUAGUUUCCCUUAUGGAUUCUUUUUCAAAUUUAUUGAAAGAGCCAUUUCAAUUUUGUACAACUAUUCUCCUCAGCCUUCUUUUUCCUCUUUCAUUUCUUAUACUUUCUAGGCUAUCAGUUGCUCAUUAUCUCAUUGACCUUUUAGGUAUUUCCACAACAGAAACAGAUAAUUCUGAUUUCUCAAUCAAAUUUUUCAUUCAACCCAACCUUAUUUUUCUUCAUGUUCUUGUUCCUCUUGUCAGUGUUGCUGCACUUACACAUAGCUUAACGGGUCGUACCUCGUGCUUUCUGAAGCGUACGCUAGAGCCUGUCUCGAGACCACGACUCUACACCGCGUGGAUUUUCCUUUGCAUAUUGCAAAUUUGCGUUGGCUUGGGAAUCGAAGGUAGCAUAGCUGCUGGAGUAGAUGCCCAUGAUUUUGGUCACGAAAGAGGAUUCUUGACAAGAGCUAUAUUCUUUUUGGGCCUACAUGAGACAAUGUUUUUUUGGUCCAAAACAGUUGUGAAGCCAGUGGUGGAUGACACAGUUUUUGGCUUUGCAAGGGAAAAUAGAUGGGCUGAAAAGGCAGCAUUGGCAAUGAGUUUUGGUGGGCUUUGGUGGUGGAGAUUGAGAGAUGAAGUUGAGUCCUUAGUGGCUGUGGUGGAGAAAAAAAGAGACUUAUUUAUUAGUAUUGGAUUGGCUGAUUUUGUUGGUUGGUGGUUGUAUUAUUUAACUGUUACAAUUGGUAUGAUCAAAAUUGUUAAAAGUCUUAUUUGGGUAGUUUGUGUGUUGUUUGGGAGAAGAGUUGUUGUUGACAUUGACAAUAAUGUUGGUGACUCUAGGAGCAAUGAUGAGAAGGUAUGAAAGAAAAGACACUUCGAUGCACUAAAACUUUCAUUAUACACAGGGUUGGGAAAGGCCCCGGACCACAAGGGUCUAUUGUACGCAGUGAUGGGAAGGUCUGAAUUUGGACAUAUUCCUUUUUUUUUUUUUUUUUUUUAAUUUCUCUUGAUUGAGAGGGAAACUCUCUUUCCUUCUGUGUAAUUUCUCCCUAGCUAGUAAACUCAGAUUCAAUUUUUUUUGCCCUCUGGAAGAUGCAUAGCAAUUGAGAUUAGAAAAUCUCACUAUUACUUUUUGUAGAAUUAUCCUGUUCAAACAAGUCAGACAUGGAAAAUAUUUAGUCA